UGGAGUAGUUUGGGGAGUAGUGGGGUGCCCCCGCUAUUUCGUCGUCAUCACGCACCUCCCGCACUGCACAGUGAACAACCCAGAUUCCAUCUGCAGCUCAUCGACCACCACCACCACCGAAACCGCCGAAACCACCAUCACCACCACCACCGCCGAAACCACCACCGCCACCGCACCUCGCCGCUCCCCCCGAUAGCAGCAGCAAUGUCCAUCCUCCAAACAGCCGCCGACAUAACCGUCCUGAUCAACUCGGACGUCUCCUCCUCGGAGCGACGCGUGAAUCCGUCGUGGACCAUCUCGACGCUGAAGAGCAAGCUGCUGCCGAUCACGGGGAUCCCGCCGUCGUCGCAGCAGCUCACGCUGCGGCUACCGCACGCUCCCCAGCCAAUUCCGAUUACCGCUGAGGACGAGGAUGCGACCACCCUGGCGGGCUGGCCGUUGCAGGCUUAUGCCGAGAUACAUGUAACCGACCUCCGCCCGCCCUCGUCGCGCCUGAACCUGACCGACGUGUCCGAAAUCACAAAAUGGGAGAUGCCGGUGGAGCAAUACGAGAAGCGCUCCGACUCGGUGCGGGCGUGGAAGGAGCGCAACCAGCUGGGACGCUUCGACACCACGAAGCAGGCGCAGACCGACGCCGAGAAAGACGCGGCGCACGAACGUCUCUGGCGCGAGACGAAGGCGAAGGGGAUUGAGGUCGGGAAGAGGUGCUUGGUCGGCGGGAAGGAGGGGAGAAGGGGCACCGUGAGAUAUGUCGGUGAGGUCGAGGAGAUCCCCGCGGGAGGUGUGUGGGUAGGCGUGGAGGGCGAUGAGCCCACUGGCAAGAACGAUGGCAGCAUACAGGGCAAGGCCUACUUCUCGUGCAAGCCGAAGCACGGCAGCUUCGUGCGGCCGGACAGGGUCGAGAUCGGCGAUUUCCCGGAGGUCAAUGAUCUCGAGCUCGAGGAUCUGGAGGAGAUGUGAUCUCGCUCGUUGUCCGUGCCCGUACGUAUCCACGUGGGAUAGGUGGUUGUUGGUUUCAUCAAGGGCGGGAUGGGAGCGUCGCGUAUUGCUUUCCUUUUUCUUUUCUCUGUUUCGCACGACUCCAGACUCCAGACGACCGGCUGGGGACAAUAUCUACUCUACUUGGAUACUUGGAUACAUACCUCCGCCCUUCAAACUACUACUAUCUA